AUAAUCCUCUGGUCUGCCCAUCAGCCUCCUGUUAAGGUGAUAUGUAGGGCUUGCCUUCUGAAACCCUGCCAGUAUUUUCCUUUGGAUUUUUACAGUUCAUAUCAAACACCAUAACACUUAAAGGAAUAAUAUUUCUGGUGCAGCAUGUGGUCUUGUGUAGAAUCAACCAAAGGGAACUAACUCAUUGUCAUCAUAAAUACUGAGGCCUUAAUAUAAAUCAGGUGCAAUUAAUAUUUUAAGACCUUUUUGGAUUUGGAACUAUCACCAAAGCCUCAGAGAUUUCUGGGGAUUAUGCUAAUUUAGCUGUUUUUGAUCAAAUUCAAGCCAAAAUGGAUGACCCUUACCAAAACAAUGUAAACCAGCAGGGAGAAACGUAUCCCACAUAUGGAGGUGGAGAGUACACUUACCCCUAUCAGACAGACUACCCUCCUCAGGAGGAGGAAGAUGCUGCUAGUGAUGUCACCGAGGGGCAUGAUGACGAUGAACAGAUGUACGAGGGCGAGUACCAGGGCAUCCCUCAUCCGGACGAGAUCAAGGAGGCACGGAGAGCUGCCCGGAGGGAGGCCCGCAUGAAGGCCAGGAUGGCAGCUGAGGUGGAGGAGGAAACGUUGCCUGAUCAGUACGAGUCCAUCAUGGAAGACUGCGGUCACGGCCGCUUCCAGUGGACCCUCUUCACGGUGCUGGGUCUGUCCCUGAUGGCUGAUGGGGUGGAGUGCUUCGUAGUGAGUUUCGCCCUGCCCAGCGCUGAGAAGGACAUGUGCCUGUCAAAUGCUGACAAGGGCAUGCUGGGUUUAAUAGUGUAUGUGGGGAUGAUGAUCGGCGCUGUCCUGUGGGGCGGUCUGGCUGAUAAACUGGGCAGACGACAGUGUUUGCUCUACGCACUGGCCAUCAACUGCAUCUUCUCCUUCCUGUCCUGUUUCGCACAGAGCUACGGCUUCUUCAUCUUCUUCAGACUCUGUUCAGGAAUCGGGAUCGGUGGCUCAAUCCCUGUUGUGUACACAUACUACGCUGAGUUCCUGCAGAUGGAUAAGAGAGGAGAACAUCUCAGCUGGCUGUGUUUGUUCUGGAUGCUCGGGGGACUGUACGCUUCCUUCACCGCAUGGGGAAUCAUCCCACAUUACGGCUGGGGUUUCAGUAUGGGGACAGAGUUCCAGUUCCACAGUUGGAGGGUGUUUGUGCUGGUUUGUUUCCUUCCCUCUGUGGCUGCUCUCGCUGGACUGGUGUUCAUGCCAGAAAGUCCCCGUUUCCUCCUGGAGACUGCAAGACACGAUGAGGCCUGGAUGAUCCUGAAGCAGGUCCAUGACACCAACUGGAGAGCGAAAGGAGAGCCAGAGAGAGUGUUUCAAUUUUCACAGAUCAAAAUGCCUCAAGCACAGGACGACGAGUUCAUAGAGAUUCAGAGUGAAACUGGCACUGCCUUCCAAAGAUUCAUGGUCAGACAUAUGACCCUGGUUAAACAGGUCAUGAAGAACCUGAUGUCACUCGCCGCACCUGAUCUCAGACUCCAUGGGUUGUUCAUUGCCAUUGUGUGGUUUACGAUGGGCUUCAGCUAUUUUGGCCUGGGAGCGUGGUUUCCUGACCAGAUCAAGUACCUUCAGUUUGAGGAGUACGAGUCCAACGUCAAGACCUUUCAUCGUGAGAAAGUGGAACACUUUCAUUUCAACUUCACUCUGCAAAAUCAGGUCCACAAGGAGGGGGAGUAUAUCCAUGACCGGUUUAUGGACAUAGAAAUGAGAAACGUGAAGUUUGAGGAAUCACUCUUUGAGAACUGUUAUUUUGAGGACAUCAGAUCAACAGACACCUUCUUUGAGAACUGCACCGUUAAAAACACAGUCUUCUACAAUACCGACCUGUGGGAAGAUUCCAAGUUCAUUGACUGUAAGCUGGAAAAUACAACAUUUCUGCACCCCAAAAAAGGCUGUCAUCUAAAUUUCCAAGAGGAAAAUGACAUCCUGAUCUAUCUAGUCUGCUUCCUGGGGAGUUUGUCUGUAAUACCGGGCAACAUCAUAGCAGGUCUAUUAAUGGAUAAAAUAGGACGAUUAAAAAUUAUAGGGGGAUCCAUGUUAGGCUCUGCUGGCUGCACGUUCUUCCUGCUCCUGUGCUUCAGUCAGUGGGCUGUCGUCUUCUUCCAGUGCCUGUUCUUCGCAGCCAGUGCUGCAGCUUGGAACGGCAUUGAGGUCGUCACAGUGGAGCUCUAUCCAACCUCGAAAAGAGCCACAGCCUUCGGUGUGCUGAAUGGCACGUGUAAACUGGCAGCUAUCAUCAGCUCUUUCAUCUUUGGAAAGGUAAUCGGCAUCACUAAGAUCAUUCCCAUCAUCCUGUCCUUCUCAGCGCUAGUGUGCGGAGGACUGCUAGCAUUUAAGUUACCUGAGACAAGAGAGGUCAUUCUUCAGUGAAAAAGCCAAACUCCUCAAGGCCUCUGCGUUUGGUCCAGCUGGACACUGGAUGACCGCAUGCUGGACUGCAAAAGGGCUGAAUCAUGUAAAGCUGAUAUGGUGUCAUGCUAGAACCACUGUACCGUAGCAUUACAGUCAUAGCUCAUAUAUGUGACCCUGGACCACAAAACCAGUCUUAAGUCGCUGGGGGUGUAUUUGUAGCAAAAGCCAAAAAUACAUUGUAUGGGUCAAAUUUAUUGAUUUUC